GCUGUCCAAAAGAAAAAGCCUUUUUGGACCAAUCGGUGAGUCAGAUGGGUGGGCAACUGAAAGCUUCAUGUUCCCUUUGCUUUAAAAAGUCAGAUUGGACUUCCCGUUGUUUCACAUGCUGCAGUGGGAGUGGGACGUGAGAGCAGUCUGGUUUUCCGAUGCAGUGUUCACUCACCGAGAACAGGAAGAGAUCUUUAACGGGUUUCCACGUGUGUGGAUAAAGGAGGAUAGUGGCAAUCCAAAAGUGAGCGCUCAUUACUCACUUGUUUGGGUUUGGCAUGUUUGGAUAUGACAAAGGUUGGUUGAAGAAGAAAAACAACACAGCAGAAGGUCAGAGAAACCCACAACUGAGCUGAGGGAGUUCCUGAAGGUGAUCAGAGUGGGGGGGGGCUGCUGUCACGGGGGACAGGGGAGUGGCGAGAGACAUUAGGAGAGACAAAUUCAGAGUCAAAUUCAGUCAAAUAAAGAAAGAGGAGACAGAAGAAAAACGUGGCCAAGCAUGAGAGAGGAGGAGCAGUCAAAUGACCAUCCUGAGGGAGGGGUGGUUUCCAGCAAGGAGAACAACAAAAGACCGCUUUCUAAUGCCUGUCCUGUUGUAGUUGCAACACCGGGGAUAACCGGGCAUAAACGGCAGAUGGGUGCACAAAUGGAGGAUCACAUUUCUGCAAUUACACCCACCACAUCAGCAGACGACGGCGAAGUCAAGCCAGGAGAUGACAUCCAGAUCUACAAUCCAGCUGGACCUAAAAAACUCAAGAGGAGUCCUCAGCAUCGCCCACUGUCCCUUUCUCCUGUCCCUGGUCCUAGCCCUGAAGAUCUUUCAUCCAGCCUCGAGGACCCACAUGCCCAGCGGGCAAUUGCCAACAUCCGGGAGCGCCAGCGGACACGAUCUCUGAAUGAAGCUUUUGCCUCACUGCGUAAGAUAAUCCCAACGCUCCCUUCUGACAAACUGAGCAAGAUCCAGACCCUUAAGCUGGCAUCACGCUACAUUGACUUUCUGUACCAGGUUCUGCAGAGCGACGAGAUGGACACCAAGCUGGCGGGAUGUAAUUACCUGGCUCAUGAGAGACUGAGCUAUGCCUUCUCUGUCUGGAGGAUGGAGGGAGCCUGGUCGACCAUGUCUGCUGGUCACUAGCCCCGUCUGGAAACCUACAAAGAAUGAAUGCAAACGGGCUGAAGAGAUGUCUAAAGUGUGUCUGCUCACCAGCGGACUCACACUGUUUGACACCUCAGUUGCGAUCUGGUCGCCUCAAAGAAAAGACUACGUGACACUCGAUGAGAGGAAGCAUUCGUAGGAACAUUUGUUUGAUCCAAGUCGUUGCUACAUAUGAGAUGUAACUGGGGAUUAUUGUCAUUCCACUUGUUUGCUUUUCCCAAAGCAGCUGCUGCUGCUCUCAAGUGCAAAUGACAGAGUUCAAGAAGCGCAGCAGGGACUGCUAGCUUAGGGAUUUUUUUCUAUUAACGAUAUGUGUAUUUUGUUUACAUAAAUCACAGUGGAGGGCAGGACAGGUGAGAGACAAAAGCAGCCGCUUUUCAUUUAAUAUUCAUUCACUUCAUCAAGCUGAUGGUUAAGAACUCGUUUGCCUUUGCCUCUUCAUCAACAGCACCGCUAAUUCUGCUGAAGCCCUCUGACCCAUCAGCUUUCUCAGGUACUAAAGCAACCGGUUUCAUCAUUAUCAGCACCCCUGAUUCUGUCACCUUAACUAAGAUCAGUAUUAUCAUUAUCAUUAAUAACAUCAUCAUCAUAAACAUAGGUAUACAUACAAUGAGCCACUUUUUAUUUAACUUUGUCUGCUUUAAGAUAGAAAAUGUAUUAAGUGUUGUGUAAUAUGUAAAGCACAGAGCAGAGGACUGAUAAGAAAGAAAGAACUGCAAAUACACAAUUGAGCUCCUGCUUUUCCAAGACUCUGACAUUUUAUGAAUCCCUGACUACCUCUGAACCUAAGCAAAAGUGGGGGGAAAAAAAGCAGCCACGGGCGUCCGUCGUCCUGCCUUAAGUUUCUUGUCCGUACCAAAAACCAAGCCCCUUUGUUUCUUCCCGUGCCAAAAAAACUCUCCUCUCAAAAUUCUUUCCUCUCAUUCUGGCCUGAAUUUGCUUGCGUUGCACGAAACCGUGAUACAGCUACAGCGAGCUGACGAGGAGGCGUAAUGAAAACAAACGGUCUCUGAGAGCCAUGAAUCAUGUGUGUCACCAUCAAAGGGGAGGCUGAUGUGGCUCCCCGCUGGGCUCCCAUAAACCACUGGUAGUGAUGGAGGAGGUGAGAGCUGAUUUAUACAGGCAAAUGUGCACGUAUGCAUAGGUGUAGCUGUGCACGUGCAACUGUGCACUUAAAGAAAAAAGCUUUUUGAAUACAUUGGCUCCACUGUUUGAGUCAAUAUCAUUACCAAAUCAUAUACCUUUCUUUGUAUUAUUGUGGGGUUUUGUUUUCUCUGCAGCAGCAAACAUUACAUGCAGGGUUUAGACUUAUUUCACAUAAACAACUAAACUCCAAAGAGAACGGGAUUGGCAUGCUGUUUGGCCUCAGUGCACAUCCAUGACAAUCCAUUUCUCCCUUCGCUGCCAAAAUGCACAAAGACCAGCAACCUAUCAUUAGAAUGUCCCGGGGAGGUAGCUAAUGUUUCCAGCUCUUUUAAAGACUUAUGGAGAUUUUUGCUGAGCCCCACAGUCAGCACAGUGCGGCCUCAGAAGGCACGACUUCACUGACAUGUUAGAAGACACUUGACAUUUAGAAAGAAUCCAGUUGUGGGCCAACACAGAAAAAGCAGCCCCUGUGCAUUUUAUAUAUAAAAUGAGUGAGGUGAGGCUUGCAUGUCCCUGCGUAUUCUCUUCUUUCUCAUUUAAGUCAAGCUCUAUUCUGAAAUUUCAUGUUACAAAUGAAAAUUUUAAAGUUUUUUUUAACUAGCCAAAAAUGACUCAUCUGCCACUUGAGUUACCUUAGAAUAACAUAUAAUUACACGCUGUUGUUAAUGCCAUUGUUACCCGACGUCCAGCAUACAAGUGGUUACAGCAGUAAUAUGUCUUUGUCCAGCUGCUGAAUAAAGUGACUGUGAUCUUCCUUGUAAAUCUCUGACCUGCUCCUUGUUCUCGUUUCUGCUAGACUAAUCAUAUGCGCUUUGCAUGUCAGGCUGCAGAUUAAUGUGGGAAAAGAGGAUCAGCUAUACAUUAAAAGUGCUGUCAUUGUCUGAGACCAUUUCUGCACCAUUUCCCCCUGUAUAGUGUUUUAAAGAAAUGACUAUCAUAGCCAUCACUGUUGCUGAAGCGAGGAGAUUAGUGUAGGCAUCUCCCGUGCACUUCUCAGACUUCAGAGUCAGGCUUUGGUUUUAUGAGGAUUUACUUGAAGUAUGUACAGUGUGAUGCUUCACAAAAGCGUGGUGGCACUGAUGCAGUAUGACUUUGUAAACUGUACAUAUCAUAGGCAGAAAACCCCUGAAAAAUAAAACUAUCUGCAAAACCGUCUUGAAGUUCUUGUUUUCAGUGAUUGGGGCAAAGAUUUAUGCGGCCACCACGCCUUCUUUGUCUCCUGUCUCUCUUGUUAAAGUGUCUCCAUUGCUUUCCCUUCCUCCUUCCUCCCCCUGCUUUCUUUUUUUAACGAGGUCUGUGUGCCUCUGCCUGGUCAGGAACACUUAAUUCUUCCAAAAAGAACAAGUUAAAGUGCAAUUAAGGGCUCUGGGAAUAUUUAUAGUAUGUUUAGACCUAAAUUAUAACUUACGGCUUUAUCAUUCCAGUUGUGCUGCAGUGGUCAUUAGAUUUACUGUUUUGUAUCCUGAUGAUUUAACAAGAGCUUAAUCAUUAAAACUUUUAUACAACAAGGUAAGAAUAUGUUUGUUUUGUUGUUUGUUUUAUGCUCUUUUUAUAUUUAAAAAAAAAAAAGGUUUAAAA